AUUGAACAGCACACACUCAGUACGUUCAAGAUGAUUUUCGUGCGGAAAUUCAAAGUGGCCAAUACGAUACACAUUUCAUUGGUGGUGACAAUCAUCUGCAGUAAUCUCGGUUUAAGUUGUAAUGCCACCGCCAUCGCCUCUUCCAUGCGCUCUAAUCAAGUGGAAUUAAAGACAACACCAAAAUUUUUCAAAGAAAAUUGUACAUGUUCAACACAGUGGCAGUGUGAAUGUUGUGCCAAAGUCAAUAAUGACCUACUUAAUGUACAUCAAACACUGUGUGCCGACUGGACAGUAUUUUCGAAUUCAUGGGAUAUACAGGCCAAUGUACGUUUAAAUGAAAAUGUUUUAUACACAAAUACAUUUUCCGCCUGGAAUAUACCACCAUUUUGUGUCCCCAUAUGGCCAGCAAUCGCAUUGACCGGAUGUAUACAAAUGCAUAGCAUCACACAACAUGAAUUCAAUACGUUGCAUGGCUGUGCAAAUUUGACCAUCAAUUUUAUAGCCUUUAAUUUAGUCAACAUGCAAAUGGGUUGCAUGGAUGUCGGUGCAGGAGGCAUUCAAUUUGUUGAGCCAGACCAUCAAGUUGUUAGUACGACCUCAACUGAAAAGCCUCCAGAAAUAGAAUUGGAAACAAGUGAUUUCAUAAAAAUUGCCACGCCCACCAUGAGUAAUAUUGAGCUAAAUGAAAAGGUUACUACUGAAGGAAUAUCAACGAUGCGCCAAGAUUCGUUGAGUUAUUUGAGAAGUAAAAACUUUUAAAUAAAAUUUAAUAAAUAAAUAAUUCAAUAAUAUUAAUAAAAUUACUUUGAUUUCAUCAUGUUGGUUAAUCCGGAAUGUAGGUCCUUAGAGUUGCAUUUUGGCAGCAUAAAUAUACUUAUUGCUUAUUAAGAUA